UCGACGGCCUGCAUCAUGGCUGGUAGGGCGCUCUCGAGCCUUAACAGCCUCUGUUAUAGCAGCCCUCUUCGCUUCCUGUUCCUGCCCCAAUCUCGCCCCUGCAUCGUGCUCAAUGCUGCCAGCCAGUCUGCGCACCGCCCACCCACCUUUGACGCGUCACUGUACGUGUCCACGUUCUGCUACACUCUAUCUUGCCGUGUCUGCCGUAUUCUGCUCGAGUCUUCCCAGCAGCUGUUAUGUACACAGCCGCUAGUCGACCGUUUUCCAGCUGCACCACCAGCAAGCGCUCCACCGUCGGCCGCCCUAUUGGCUGACGUCGCCGGUGAGAAGACGCCCAAAACGGCUCGCCAGCAGCUCUUCGUUGCUCCCAACGUCGCCCCGUAUGACUGGCCGGGCAUGGCCGUGCGAGUCUCUAUACAGCCUAGUCCCAAACCAGCCACGAGGUGCAGGCACGGAAUUGGCUCUCGGGAGACGGGAUGAAGUCGGGCACGUCUGGUCUGAGGAACCAGCUGAUCGGCCCUCAUGGCGGG